AUGCCUCUUCCAGUAGACGUGCAACCUACCGUGAUCUCCUUGGUAUGUUGUUUCAGUCUCCCGAACAUGAACUUUUCUGAUCAUUCAGUUGAGAUGAAAACCCAAGAUCUUUUUGAACCCUACUUCUCGAGCUUCAACGGAACAGAUUAUAACUUUCUUGGGGAUCUUGAUGCAUUAGAAUUUUCAAUAAAUGCGUCAUCUGAUCACCUGUUUCGCAACACUAAUCUUCCCAGACCGUACUACGGUGAUCAUUUUAGAACAUUCAGAAGCCAAUACCUCGCAAUUCAUGGCUACCUUGGCGUCAUCGUGUGUAUAUUUGGUAUUUUCGCAAAUGUGCUUAACAUUAUAGUGUUGACAAGAAAAGAUAUGAUAUCGCCUACUAAUGCUAUACUCACUGGUUUAGCAGUAGCUGACAUGAUGGUGAUGGUAUCAUACUUGCCAUUUUGCAUUCACAAUUACAUAAGAACUAAUCUUCCGCCAGAGAAGAAAUUCUCGUACGCUUGGGCUGUGUUCACGCUCUUUCACGCUCAUUUUACUGUAGUUUGCCACACGAUAUCAACAUGGCUGACUGUUACUCUUGCCGUUUGGAGAUUCCUUGCCGUAAGCUUUCCGGCAGCAAGCAAAACUUGGUGCAGCAUGCCGAGAGCAAAGUGCGCGAUCUUGUGUACAUACCUCAACUGCGCGCUAUUUUGUUUGCCCGUAUACUUGACCUUUACCAUUAUCGAGGUUGUUCACAAUGGCAAGCUAGCUUAUCGUGUGUCUUUCAGCGAAAUAGCACAAAGCAACAACCAAGCUCUGGAGAAGGUGAAUUUCUGGCUCUUCAGUGUGUUGACGAAACUGAUUCCAUGCAUCGCUCUGACGGGUCUAAGUUUAGGACUAAUCAAAGUAUUGUACGAAGCCAACAAAAGAAAACAGAGGCUGAAAAAUCGCGUGGAAAAUGACAAAACACACGACAGAACGACGAGAAUGCUUCUAGCUAUUCUUCUAUUGUUUCUCAUCACAGAGUUUCCAUCUGGAAUUGUUGCACUUCUCAGUGGAAUUUUGGGUAAAGAGUUUUUUGACAAUGUCUACCUCAAUUUAGGAGAAGCGGUUGAUCUGCUUGCCCUUGUCAACAGUGCUAUAAAUUUUAUCCUUUAUUGUUCAAUGAGCCGUCAAUUCAGGGACACAUUUGCAAGUCUUUUCACGCCAAAAAUAGUGUCCAAGUGGAUGGCUGUGCCAACUGAGCCAAACACAACAGUAGACACAACUUGUGUCUAA